UGAACGAAGACGAGGGUGUUUAGCGUUGCCUUUGCGUAUAUCAAGAAGCCCUAAUUUGGCUUCUCAGGAAUUGACGAUGACGAGCUCAUCACCCAAACCUAACCUUUGCGCGAAAUGCCAGGCUGAGAUUACAGACAUUGGGCCACCACCGCGCAAGCGGAGGAUUGAAUUAACCGCCGCCGCAGAUGAUAAAUCAGAUGAUGAAUCCACCGCCGCCGCACCUGAUGAUGAAUCCUCUCACAGUGAAUUCGAUGAUCCAGUUCGUUCAACGGAUCUGCACAAAUUUGAAAAUAGCGAAACAGGUUUCUUUCGUGACCUGGCUAACAUUUAUGCUAGAUUUGGACUCCACUCCUACAAUUCCCGCAAGGGCACCAACUUCCAGUUGUCAAGAGUAGACAAAUAUAUUAACUAUGGAGUUUUCAGUUAUUCCUUAACCUUUGAGGCCACGGAUCCGGCAGACGGUUCUUGUUUCACUUUCCAGGCGCGUGUUCUUAGAGAUGACAAUGUAAAAGGAUCCUACUACAGAAUAAUGACCGAAGGUUGUAGGAUCAAACCUCAAAUUCCAGGCACUAGAGAAAAAAUACAUCGAUGGGAGUUCGAUCCAGAAGUUUACAAAGACACUCUACCUGAUUGGUAUCCGGAUGAUGCAUUGUUGUUGCCGUCCAAUGACCAGUUUCACCAAGUGGGGGCAACUUGUUCUUUUAUAUUUCUUCCGCCUCUAUCCUUUUCUUUUUCGCUUUUUGUCUUUAUUUUUGCUCUUUCACAGGUGCAAGAUUCAGACAUUCUUGAAAACGAUUGGCUUAAACUGUAUGCCGAUCUUGCCAUGUACACACUGAAGGAAGCCGACAUGUCCCUGUUUGAGUCUUGGCUGCCUCUGGAGAUCAGUAAGGUCGUUGUGCAGACUUUUGAAUAUGUCAAGUCAAAGGAAAAGCUCAAGGCCGGGAAUGCAAUCUUCUACUUCAGUUUCAAGAACUUGAAUGCUCCUCCCCAUGGUCUGUGCCAGGAUCACAGAGUCAUCAUAAGAAGAACCACUGAUGGGCUUCCAGGACACGCUUGUCUUGACUUCAAGUCUUGCACCGGUCAUAAUAUUUUCAAGGCGAGUUCGGUCUGAGACAUAUAUGUUUGCUGAUCCUAAGUUAAUAAGACGACUCUACUCAGUAUCUAUAAGACUGAAUAAUCAUCUCCUCUGUUUUUUUCUUUUGUUUCAGUGUAAUCCAGCACUUAAUAACUUGUCCGUUAUGUCUUUUAAGUUUGUUAUUUGGUUUUCCUCA